AUGGCCAACUCAAGCCACCGCGCUUUGACGCCGGGCGUCUACGUCCCCAUCGUCGCCUUCUUCGACCCAGAGACCGAAGACCUCGACCUUGCCACCACGGCCUCCCAUGCCGUGCGCCUAGCCGAAGCCGGCGUGACGGGCAUCACGACGCAGGGCAGUAACGGGGAAGCAGUGCACCUGUCACACGAGGAGCGGGACCUCAUCACAUCGACGACGCGGCGGGCGCUCGACGCCGCCGGCUUCUCCAGCAUGCCGCUCAUGGUGGGGUGCGGCGCGCAGUCGACGCGCGAGAGCAUCGCCCUCUGCCGCGCGGCAGCGGCUGCGGGCGGAGACGCCGCGCUCGUGCUCCCGCCGGCUUACUACCAGGGCCUGUUCGCGGCCGACACGGUCGCGGCCUUCUUCCGCGCCGUCGCCGACGCCAGCCCCAUCCCCAUCCUCAUCUACAACUACCCCGGCGCGGCCGCGGGGCUGGAUCUCAGCUCCGACGCCAUCAUCGCGCUGGCCCAGCACCCCAACAUCGUGGGGUGCAAGCUCACGUGCGGGAACACGGGCAAGCUGGCACGCGUCGCGGCGGCAACGCACGCAGCCGUGCCCGGCGACCGCGGCUCCGGCUUCCUCUGCCUCGGCGGCAGCGCCGACUUCACGCUGCAGACGCUCGUCGCGGGCGGCAGCGGCAUCAUCGGCGGCCUGGCCAACGUGGCGCCCAAGGCUUGCACGCACCUGAUGCGCCUCUACGACGAGGGCCGCGUCAAGGAGGCCCGCCGCCUGCAGGCCGUCGUAGCGCGCGGCGACUGGGCCGCCAUCCGCGGCGGCAUCGUGGGCACAAAGGCUGCGCUGGUCGCGCACUUUGGCUACGGCGGGUACGCGCGGCAGCCGCUGCCGCGGCCGGGCAAGGAGGAGAGCGAGGCCUGGCGGAGGGACUUUGAGGAGCUGGUGGGCGUGGAGAAGGGGUUGUAA